UAGUAACGGCAAGCAAACCGGGAACAACCCAUCUUGAAAAUCGGGCGGCCUCGCCGUCCGAAUUGUAGUCUGGAGAAGCGUCCUCAGCGGCGGACMGGGCCCAAGUCCCCUGGAAGGGGGCGCCGGAGAGGGUGAGAGCCCCUUCGUGCCCGGACCCUAUCGCACCACGAGGCGCUGUCUGCGAGUCGGGUUGUUUGGGAAUGCAGCCCCAAUAGGGCGGUAAAUUCCGUCCAAGGCUAAAUACCGGCGUGAGACCGAUAGCAGACAAGUACCAUGAGGGAAAGAUGAAAAUGACUUUGAAAAGAGAGUCUAAGAGUGCUUGAAAUUGUCGGGAGGGAAGCGGAUGGGAGCCGGCGAUGCGUCCCUGUCGGAUGUGGAACGGCGAGAGCCAGUCCGCCGAUCGACUCGGGGCAUGGACCGGUGCAGAUUGGUGCGGCGGCCAAAGCCCAGGCUAUUGA